AUGUCCAGCGUCCACAGUAACAGGAUGACAACAUCAUGGGUUCCCUUCCACUUACCGAAUUUGGCAAAUAAGUCUGGACAAAAUUGCGGAGAAAAUUUACGACUAGAAAUUAAACAUCUUGAAUGUUAUUUCACUGAAAACGACACGUGUGAUAUAGAAUACAAUUUGUUUGUUUUCGCCUUCGACAAUUCCAGCAAAACGGUGUUAAGUAACAUGUGGGACUUUGGAAAGCUGGAGAAAGAAAACAAGAAGGAUGGAUGUGUGAGAUUUCAUGUGAGACAAACGCUUUAUUUCCGCUCAUCGGAGCUACUCAAGUCCAUAUUAUUUGUAUUUGUGCUAACAAAAUGCAACUUUUCGAAAUCAGCUGAUAAGUCAGAAAUUGGAUGGUGUUCAGUCAAUGUUCAUGAAACUAUACGAAGCUCAUCCAUAUCAUCUUCAUGUAGUUCGCCUUUCCUAAAAGGAUCUUGCCGUGUAUUGUGCCUUCCACCUGAGGCAUACAAUACAUCUCUGGCGACUAACAACAAUCACUGUAUUUAUUAUUCACUGGGUAUAUUCAAAGAACUAGAUAACUGUUCAUACUUGAUCCCUGCAAACAGAUUUGUUUCCGCACUGAGUUGCAUCCCUGGGAUAAAUGCAAAUAAAGAUUUGGAUACCUUGAAUGUUGGGAGUUUCGUUAAAAUUUUCGUCAAAGAUAUCUCAAUUACGAGUAAUUCUUCCCAGAUAGCAGAUUUUGAAAAUUAUUUGUGUUCAACGGUUUCGGAUGACCUAGCUGUCGCUUUUAAUCAACAUGGGGUAUCUUCACCAGUCAGGCUGCAAGUUUACGAGAGAAGAGUUAAGACUUUCCUACACAAUCGUUAUACUGUCGUUCAACCUGAACCGGUGAUUUACUUGGACACAGUUAUUGAGUCGGAGAGGGAAUUGUCUUCAGGGAGAAAACCAUCAGCAACUCUAGCUGGUAAAACAGUAGGGAUCUCGUCUUCCAGCGUUAGGUCUGAGUCAUCGUCUAAAGAAUACCUCAUCGCACGCAAUGAUGCAGAAUUGAUUGUGCCACAGAACCCUGAGUGCGCAGUUGUGUUUGUACUGGAAUAUGUUUUAUCUGAGAUAAAUUCACCGACACCAAAAAAGUUUCAUUGGACAGUACGAUGGGCGAUAUAUCCACUUGAAGAUAACAUGGGAAUGUUGAAUAAUGUCGGAAAUAACUCAGUAAAUUUAAAUUUACCACUUCAAGGCAGUGUGCGACCAAGUAUAGCAAAUGAUUCAAAUAUCGGCCUUUCAUCGUCACCAUCAUUAUCUAACAAUACAAAUAAGGUACAGAUUUCAGGUGCUGACGAUUAUGCAAAAUGUUUGCUGAAAACAGUAUGUCCAGAUGGAGGUUUAUGUUUCACGAAUAAUGUUCGUUCAACAAUGGAAUUAACUUUGAAUUGCACAAUAUCUUCUGGAAUCCAAAAUGCAGUGAGUGAGAACGCUAUUGCUAAAGAUUCUGCCCUUGUAACAAGGCUGCCCGUACCAGCUUAUUACAUUCCAGAAAUGGGACAUCAGUUUUCAGGAAGGGAAUCAAUCACUCCUUCGGAGUCUCGAUCAGUUGCUGCUGUUCCCAGAAAGAAAAAGAUGCAACUAGUCCGACGGAAGUCCUCAACAAAGUUAAUGAACAAGAAUGGUUUAGUCGAUGAUACUAAACAGUUUGAGGAUAUGAAUGAAUUGAAUACAAAGUUGUUAUCGGCUCCAAUUCAAGCACAGUUUAACUUAUAUACUCAGUUACUACAACAACACCAUCGACAACAGCGGCAAAUAGAACUUUUCAACCCAUGUAGUGGAUAUCUGAAUCAUGGAAUGAUAGUUGGUCCUUACUUGGGUGGAAUCGGACCAACAAUGUACGAACCAAUUGAAGCAACCUCCUCAUCUAUCAUUGGACCAUUUUUGAAUCGAAAUCCGAAUGAUUCUUUAUUUCUUUUAGAUAAGAUUCAUCAUGGCGUUGGAUUAAGUCGAGCAGCUUAUGCUAAAAUUCAUUCAGCAGGUUUUGAACCAAUUCAAACAGAAAAUGGCGAUCCACCGUUUACAAUUGAUCCACAAACUGAUGUAAUAGAUGAAUUUAAGUUUGUCAAAGAAGAAAUCGAUCUAUUAAAUCAAAAUGAAAUUAUUUUUCAAUUUUUAGCUUAUUCUGGGUUUGUAUCCAGGUCGUUAUCAACCGGUGAUCGUCAUUCACCUGAACAAAUCUAUUUUACUUUUCAGUUUUAUCGGUUUCCCCAGGUUGUAACAUCAACCUUAUUCAUUGGACAGUCUCUUGAUGAUUGUUCUAAUCCAAAUGGUGAUUCGUUUAGAAUUUUAUGGAAAUCUAAGCGGCAAAGCGAAAAGUCUUUUUCGUCGAUCGAAUUAAAUUCUUCCAUUGGGAAAAGUAAAAAUCAAUCACCAGGAUAUAAAGUAAUUUUCCGUAUUGAUCCUAAUUACUUUAAACCAGGUGAAAUGGAAAUAUUUUUUAAUUAUCUACUUCGAACAACAAUGCAAAUUGAUGUAUGGAAUGCAAAAUCUCAUAUUCUAAUAGGAACUUGUAUGAUUGAAUUAAAACAUCUUUGUCGUCAAGGUCGUGAAGCUGUUCAGAUCACGUACUCCACGGAUAUCUUGAAUUCAAACGACAAUGUAUUUGAUGAUGAAUCAAGUUCAUCAAGCCCUCCAGAUAUUCAAGGUUAUUUGCUUUUGCGACUUGCAAAUAUUGGACAUCGUAAAGAACAAAUAUCAAAAGAAAUUACGAUCAGAAAUAAUAACCGGAAAAAAUAUCUAAUUAGUCAAAGGGAUGCUACUUGUUUUAGAAAAUUUACAGGUGGGGAUCUCUCAAACAUGAAUUUUUUGAAAUCAAAUAAUAUCAGUUAUGAUACAACAGGAAUUGUAGUUCGCGCGCAUAAAAUUAAACCAACUGAUAUUGCACUAAAAGGAGUGUUGAGAGUAGUUAAUGCAUCUGAAGAAAAAUCACCUAUGACAAUAAAAGCAAAUAAAUUGGUAAACAAUCAGAGUGGAAUGGAAGAUGUGACAACAUUAGAGAAACUUGAACGUCUACAUAGUUCGUUGAAAUCUGUUGAUGGUUUAAAAAAUGUAUGGGAUAAUAUUAAAUUAUCUGAAAAGUCGAAUAUAAAGACCUUAUUGUUGGAUGGUAAACCACAGUUGGAUACAAUUAGUCAUUAUAGAGAUCAAAAGAAACAUGAAUUAUUUGAACGAUUAAUCAAUAAAGCUACAACUAUUGAACAUGAACUAUUUACAAGUUUUGGUUGUACAGAGUUUUUUGAAUAUCAAUUAAAGAACCCAUUCAAUAUCGAAGAUACUGUUAAUGUGAACAUUGAAGAUGAUUCAAAUAGUUUAUCCUUUGUUAUGGAUCCACGUGAAGUACGUGCAUUAAAAUUAGCUUUCAAUAUCGAUACACCAACAGAAGAUGAUUUAUUUGCUUUGGAUGUGAAAAACAAUCAUCACUAUUACAAUAACAAUGAUAAUAUUGAAAGAAAAUCAUUGAAAAGAAACAAUGUUAUAUUAUUUCUCAAACCAAAUGAAACUGUAUUAAUACCAAUGAAAUAUGAAGAAGCUACGAUGUUUCAAUAUACUAAACAAUAUGAUGGUGUAGGUGACAGAAAUCUAUUCGAAUUUACUUCAAGUGUUGAAGAUAAUCUUGUCCAAAUGAAACGUGUCAUACAAGUAAUCUUCAAAUCAACAACCUAUGAGAAGGUUAUUUCACAAUUAAUUCUACAUAUUCAUAUUCAACCACCGAUAAUUGAUCAUAGUUUUCGAUUUUUUCAUCCUGAAUUAAGUUUCAUGAAGAAAAUUCUACGUCUACCACGAAAUAUUAUUAAUUGGAGAAAUAAUUUUAACACAAACAAUCGAACAAUUCAACAAGUUAAUCAACAAAUAUGGGUUAGAGUAUCCGAUUCAGAUGUAUUAACUAUAUCUAAUGUUCAAGGUGAUAUAGUAGAUCUGUUGAUUAAAGUUGGACUUGGGAAAUCUCCACAAAUACGUGAAUUUCUUAUUAGUGUUUAUGUGGAACCAUUUCAAAUCCGUCCAGCUUAUAUAUGGUAUUGGGCUAUACAUUCACUUCAGCGUGUCGAUACUAUUGCUACAGUUGGACAAUUAACACCUCCAAUAGGUUUGUUAUUACGUACAGAUGAUUGUAUACCUAAUGUUGGUUCAAAACGAAUUACUAUUUACACUAGUCAUCCAAAUGAAGUUUUCAUUGGUACAGAAUUUACUUCAAAUAAUUUUCAGCAAAAUCUUCCAGUUAAAGAUUUAACAUUAUCUGUUGCAUCACGUUCUAUUUAUGAGUUGAAGGUUAGACUAUGUCCAAAGUAUGUUGGUAAGAAAAGUUACCAAGUCAAUGUGGUGGACACUGACUGUCAACGUGUACUACGCGCUUGGAUCCUGUGUGUGGAUGUUAGACGACCAGAAAUAACAAAGUCAUUUAACAUAAAAUUACCUAAAAAAGAAAUUAGUACAGCUUGUAAUAAACGUAUUGCUUACACAAACCCAUAUCAAUGUAAAAAAACAUUAAUACUGGAAACUAACCGAUCUGACUUAGUUCAAUUUAAGGAAUCCAUAAUGGAAAUCCCAGCAGCAGGAACGGUUCAGAUUGGACUACAUUUUAUUCCACAAGCAACAGUGGAUUCGGAACAGAUAUAUAUCUUCAUUAAAGAUGAACAAGGCAAAAACUUGGAAACAUUUUUAAUCAUUGCUCAAUAUUAUUAAUGUUUGCCCAAAAUAAAAUUCUAUUUAUUCACAACUCAUCAUCAAUUUUUUAUUCAUUAGAAACUUAUCAGUGUUGUAUAACUAGUGACCUUUGAAGAAGUCGCACAGUAAAACCAGUCCCUCGCGUAAACUUAGAUAUUCAACACAUAUAACUAAGAUAAAUUAUAA